AGGAGGGUAGACUGGUUUUCAAUCUUGGCCUAUUUUUGGUUUGGCUGUCUUAUACCAAAGGGAAAUAGUCUUCAUUAAAGUCCAUAUUUCUUCUACCUCGGCCUCUCAACAUCUCUAGAAAGUCUGAUUGAUGGGGGCUGUCAGUGGGAGGUGGUGGAGGACCCCACCUGGGCCAGGCCCAUUGGGCUCAAAGCCAGCGCCGGUCCACGGGAAUCGGCGAGGAUUUGGGGGCAGUGAGGCUGCGCGGUGGGGACGCAUGUGAAAGGCGACUGGCUCACGGUGGGAAGGGGCGUGUCCGGACCGCCCCCAGGCCCACAGGGUGCUCGCCCGGCCCCCGUCAGUGGUGCACCCCACACAGCUGCGAGGCCAGCUCGGGCGGUGUCAGCUACACUUCGGAGGAGUGGCCGUGGCGAGGCCCAGCCUUCCUGGGUGCGGCGUCUGGGCCCUUCCCAUCUUCCCCUCCCUACGGAGCUUGGUGGUGGUGACCCAUUGGAGUUCCGGUUCCGGUUGCUGUAGCCGCGGGCGGGCGGUGAGUCUGGAGCAGGCGUGCAGUUGGUGCUCUGGUUCUGCCCCUUCCCCUCGCCGUGUCUAGGUCUUGCUGCAGCUCGGGGGUGCUGCGCUGCCCCUGACUCCCCUCCGGGCGAUGGUGCGGCCUGAGGACGCUUCCAUCCCCCACCGACGCUGACUCGGGUCCCCCAAUCCAUGGCCGCCUCGGCGCCGCCCCCACCGGACAAGCUGGAGGGAGGCAGCGGCCCCGCACCGCCCCCCGCGCCGCCCAGCACCGGGAGGAAGCAGGGCAAGGCCGGUGAGAGCGCAGAGUGGGGCUGGGGCGGGGGCGGUCGAGGCCCGGGACCCUGGAACCUCGGAUGGAAGGGUUGGGGGAUGGGGAGGUUGCCUAGGGGUCUGGAGGUAGCCUCAGGUGAGAACGGUUAGUGGUUGGGGGCAAGUGUCACAGAUCACUUGAGGUUUCGGAGCCGGGUAACUUUGAUUUCAAGGAAGAUGUAGGAUGUAGCUGAGUGUAGUCAUACUAGUCAUGUUUCCUAUUUCACCCCUGUUUCUUAAAUAAGUAAGCAAGUGUACGUGGAAGUUAGAGUCUGGAGAGUGGCUGGGAGGAAGGAGACGGUAGAAACCUCGGGAAAACUUGCCUCCCUCCGUCUGCCUAUUGCUGCUCUUCCAGGUCUACAAAUGAAGAGCCCUGAAAAGAAACGAAGGAAGUCCAACACUCAGGGUCCUGCAUACUCGCAUCUGACGGAGUUUGCACCACCCCCAACUCCCAUGGUGGAUCAUCUGGUUGCUUCCAACCCCUUUGAGGAUGACUUCGGAGCCCCUAAGGUGGGGGGUGCAGGCCCUCCAUUCCUUGGCAGUCCUGUGCCCUUUGGAGGCUUUCGUGUACAGGGGGGCAUGGCAGGCCAGGUACCCCCAGGCUAUGGCACUGGAGGAGGAGGGGGUCCCCAGCCACUUCGUCGACAGCCCCCUCCUUUCCCCCCCAACCCUAUGGGCCCAGCUUUUAAUAUGCCUCCGCAGGGCCCUGGCUAUCCACCCCCAGGCAACAUGAACUUUCCCAGUCAACCUUUCAACCAGUCUCUGGGCCAAAACUUUAGCCCACCUGGUGGGCAGAUGAUGCCGGGCCCAGUGGGGGGAUUUGGUCCCAUGAUCUCGCCCACCAUGGGACAGCCUCCUAGAGGGGAGCUGGGUCCUCCUCCUCUCCCCCAACGCUUUGCCCAACCAGGAGCGCCUUUUGGUCCUUCUCUUCAGAGACCUGGUCAGGGACUCCCCAGCCUGCCUCCCAACACAAGUCCCUUCCCUGGUCCAGACCCUGGUUUUCCUGGCCCUGGUGGUGAGGAUGGGGGGAAGCCCUUGAAUCCACCUGCUCCCACUGCUUUUCCCCAGGAGCCCCACUCAGGCUCCCCUGCUGCAGCUGUUAAUGGGAACCAACCUAGUUUUCCCCCCAGCAGCAGUGGUCGAGGUGGAGGCACUCCAGAUGCCAACAGUCUGGCCCCCCCUGGCAAGACAGGUGGAGGCUCAGGGCCUCAGCCUCCCCCGGGCCUGGUGUACCCUUGUGGUGCCUGUCGGAGUGAGGUGAACGAUGACCAGGAUGCCAUUUUGUGUGAGGCCUCCUGCCAGAAAUGGUUUCACCGAGAGUGCACCGGCAUGACGGAGAGCGCCUAUGGGCUGCUAACCACCGAGGCCUCUGCAGUCUGGGCCUGUGAUCUCUGCCUCAAGACCAAGGAGAUCCAGUCGGUCUACAUCCGAGAGGGCAUGGGGCAGUUGGUGGCUGCUAACGAUGGGUGACUCCAGUGCGGUGGCUUGUGGAAGUGCACAUUUCUCACCGUGCUCUUGCAGAGUAGCUCCGUGGCUCUCGCUCCUCGUUUUCCACUGGCUUCCCAUCCCCAUGGAGCAGAAACAUGGUUCCCGGAAGCAGAAGCGGAACUGAGGCGUGCAGGCAGAAGAGCCUAGAUUGCCGUUUUUUUCUGGGAACUUGUGCAUCGAGAUCCAGGAGGCUGAGGCUCUGCUGAGCAGAGCCCUCCUAGGGUCUGGCUGGAGGCAACAAGUAAAAAGGGGCUGGAGGAAAUCCAGACGUCAAGAGAGUCCUGUGCGCAGAUGACAGAUGACCCUAACACCUGUGCCUACGAUACCUAUGUAGCCCCAUGGCUCCAGCUGUAGCUUUUGGAGUCACGUGUUCAAGGUUUCUUCACUCCCUUUUAUGGGUUCUGGAAACAAAUGGGGAUUUCUCUCUCUCUUUUCUCUCUCCCUUUGCUUCCCCUGGACCCUCCUUAUUCCUUUCUCCUCAGAGCGCCAAAUUCCUUAGAAGAAGCAGAGGUCCUGACUAGAGCAGUUGCUUGUCUGGGAGUCAAGACCGUAGAUAAGAGAUGCUGAGGAGACAUCUUCCUCACACCAAAGUCACUGGUCCUUUCUCAGCUUCUCUUGGGCUUUUCUCUCAGUGACCAUGUUUUUGCCAGAAGUUGGGAUAUGUGGUUUGACUGACCAGAAUAUUGGAAGAUUGGCUCCCCUGGAAGUCUGGACUGGAGACAUAACCCCCCUCUCCCCGCACAUUAUGAUAGUGCUGUUCUUCAGCUCUUGGUGCCCUCUUUUCCUCUCUCAGGAGAAAGUCUGGAAAGGCGUAAAGCCCUCAUACCUCAUUCCUUCCCUGAUGAAAGGAUCCAAGUGAGGCCCUGCUGUGGCUUUGUGGGGAUGGGAUGGGAUGGGCUGCAGGAUCCUCAAAGCCAUGGUACUAAUAGCUAAAAGAACCUGAAUUUUUCUGCUUGGCCCUUUUUCAUCCUGUGGUAUCGUCUGGGCCUGGUGAUACAGCAACUAGGCUUGGUUUAUUUUUAUUUUUGUAGUAUUCCCCACCAGGGAUGGGACUGAGGCCUGGUCAGGAGCCCCCUCAGCUUCUCUUACCUCUUUCCAGCUAGCUCAUGUGCCCGUUCCUCAUAUGGGUGAGGACAGCAAACUUGGGUGUGGCCCUCUGGGGAGAGAUCUCGGUGUCCAGCACCAGGCAUGGUAACGAAGGCCCUCUAAGUCCCGCCCCACUUCUCGGCACAUGGAAAGAGAAGACACUGGUGGAGUUGACAGCCUUUGAAGCUGAAGAGGAAGCGGGUGGACCUGCUUCUUACUCUGCCCUUCAACUCCCAAACUUCCCGUGUGCCAGCCUCUCUGCUCUGCCUUGUGUUGUGUUGUGUUGUGGUUCUGUUUGCCUCUGUUACCUGUUGUUACUUUUGUAUUGUCUCCAUGGUUGUAAACCGCUCCUGGGAGGUUCCAUCCCCCUGUUCCUCUCUACUACUUUUUGGAAGGAAGUGGGUUGGCAGAGAUGUGGUUACAGGAUCUUUUUUUAUAUGGUUGGACUAAUAAAAUGACUUGAAAA